UAGUGAAACGCUACUGUCCCUUCAAGACUUCGCCCUGUUUUCGCUUGAGACACUGCAACAAGCAGAAGUGUUGCUAUACAAAUGCUACUGGUUAUCGCGUUCGUCCAGAGGCAUCUCAAAAAAUAAAUCUAGCAACAAACCGUUUUGCUACGGGUAGUGUGCCGAUCUUUGGCAAAGCACAUUUAAUUCACCGCUGGAGCAAGCACGACGAGUAGAGGUGUCGCAGAUGGAAUCUCAGAUUUCGUUGCCUAAAUAGAUGUCUGAAUCGGCGGAUAGAGAGUGUCUAUUUGAUUGAUGGUGUGACGGUGGAAAUUGUACCAAAUAAACGACAACCUAUUGAUUUGUAGGACGUGGAUGAACGGGAAAACAUGCACAUACUAUAAGUACAGUGCGAACUUUCUACUUUCUAGUAAAGUUCUAACCAUAACUUUAUGAACAGUUUCAAAACGAAGCUUUCGCUAAUCUCAAGUGCUUCGUUAGGGUAUGUGAAGUGCAACUGACGGACAAAUACAUGGCACAUUCUGAGGAUAUACAGAUUCAACAGAGUGUCCCAUCUUGGAUAUAACAUUGUGCUAGCAAGUGGCAACACGGUUAUAGAUUAUGGCAAAAAUGGAAAAUUUUGCGUCGAACUGCAUCGUGCGUAACAGGCUAAGGACCAUUCGGGCAGCUACUGCUUGGAGUGCGAAAGAAGAAGAAAAAGCUAGGAGCUUCUAAAAGGCGUUGCUUUGGUUGAUGUUCGGGUCAGACGUGCCAUAUCUUAAUACCGACAUGUGACUGACGCUCAUCAUUAACCCGCAAAUACGAUUCAACAGCGUGUGGUGAUUCAAGGAAAUAAUUAACUAGAGUUUCCGUUUUACAGACUCUACUCAAGUUUCUAAUGUGCGUCUUGCUGCCGGCUGGCGUUUAUGCAGUUUCGCGUUCAGCUUUACCGCUCUCGUGGGUUAGUGACAUCGUUGUGGGGUGCGGAGCCAGACUUCUUCUUAGGUAUUCACCUAAAGGAUACCCAAGAUGAGUGCAGCACCUAUCAGUCACUUUAAAGAUGCUUUUUGGGGUCCGAAUGGAUUCGAAGAACUUCGCAAACUUGUGAAGCACGGUUCGGACUUUACGAAGGAGGUAGCAUCAGUUCUCAGUGAGAGGUCUGAACUAGAGACCACUUAUGCAAAAGGAUUGUUCAAGUUAGCUGUGAAGUUAAACAAAGUAGCCAGAGACAAUAUCGGGUCGACGGCAAAUGCAUGGUGCAAUGUAUCUAUUCAGAUGGAACGCGAGGCUGAAACCCACAGAGCAUUAUCUCUGUCUCUUACCGAGGAGGUCGUUAAACCCCUGCGAAAUCUCUGUGAGAACCAGGCUAAGGCGAGAAAAACUAUGGAGUGUCAGGUCGAUAAAAAAGCGAAAAUCGUAGUUGAUAAACGAAUCGAUGAGGCCAAACUUAAACGCCAAGCUUACAUUCACCAGCGGGACGUUGAACGGCUACAUGGAGAUAUUGAAAGGACGUCGUCAGAUAAGGAGCUUGUAAAAAUUCAGGCGAAAAAAGUACGAGCCGAGGAAGCUUUAGCCAGGGCUGACGUACUCUACUAUACGAGUUGCCUCGCCGCUGAACGAUCCCGCCAAGAGUGGGAAGCUUCGGUUUACGAUUGCGCGCGCAAUUUCGAACUCAUGGAACGUGAGCGUCUGAUGGGUUUUGUCGAAGCGAUGCAGCGAUACGCAUGUAGUCUUGCUCUGGUAGGUCCGUCAACUGCCGGCUGCGCGGAACGACUGGAACGCUCAAUCGAAAAAGCGAAUCCGACGGGAGAUAUCUUCGAAAUCGUGAAGCGGAAGGGCACCGCGCCAAAUGUGCCAGAACAGUACCUUCCAGAUGUCUUUGCGGAAGACCUACAAAACCAAAUGCAAUUAGAUCGACGGAAGGAAUCGUUGGAAAAGUUUCUUAUGAUGGUAAUGCGAGAUUUGGAGGUGGAACGGAAAGGCCGAGAAGGCGUCGAAAAUCUUGCCAGAGUAUUUCAAGAGACGUCGAAGUUCGGUGAUGAAGAUGCCCAGGCAGACGUUCAAGAGAAGCUUAGACAACUGAAACAGACUCUAGCUUUCCUUGAGGCAACUCGCUACAAGCUACAGUGCGUUCUUCUGAGUCUUGGAGGGCAGCUACGACCCUCACAUCCGCUAAGCGCACAUAUUGAACAACACCGAGAUCGGCAGGGUCAUCCUCAGACGAUACUCAAGAUACCAUCAUGGAUUGCCAGAGGUACUACGACAGCGGACCUUGAAAGGACCGAUUCGCAGAAUUCCGACUCAUCCGAAGGUGUCCAUUCUGGGGGGUCGGAAGGCAUAAAUCGGAGCGGCGAGGGUUCCGACUUUGAAGAUGGAGAUGAAGCAUUCUCGGACGAUGGCGAUGCGGAGCCCGUAUCGGAGAGAAUGUCCGAAAAUCCAAUCUACGAUAGUGCGGAACAAGGAGACGACGUGAUUUUGCGAACUGAUUGUACAGCGUCUUUGAGAUCACAUAACUCAAAGGCAGAACCCAAGAAUCAGGAAUCUAGCGAUCAUCGCGUCUCACCAGGUAGCAAUGGAACGUCCUGCUUAAGAGAAUCGAUCUUCACCCGAUGCACAGUUCUCUAUGAUUACAAUGCCAGUCUCAGUGAUGAAUUAUCGCUGCGUCAGGGUGACGUCGUUGGAGUCCUUAGGAAAAGCGCUGACGGCUGGUGGUAUGGCGAAACCAUGAAAGGCGGGACGCUCAGGAGAGGUCUAUUUCCUGCAACCUACGUGCAGGAAGCCGAUGCUUAGGAAACGCGUGCCUAUUUAAGAACAUGAAAAUUGUCGAUUGUAUUGUACAUGAUAUGGGCACAAGGAGCGUGUUAUUAUUGUGAUUAUAGUAGAGAAAAGAUGAUUGUUGUAUUAGUGCUAAGAGUGGCAAUCACGAUAUAUGACAGAUAAAGUCAGUGUCAGCAUUUUUUUUUGAUAUCUUAUCGCCUUUAUUCGGCACACACAUAUUAAUAUGACGUAGAGUAUGACAUCGUUUCUGGUAGGGAGUGGAGAUCCGUCGAGAGACCCGUUGAGAAAAUUUGCAAUUUUAGCAGGCACAAAAUGAUGUCAAGGAUCAACACUAACUAUUCAAGAUGAUUCAAUGUCGGGGCUGGUAAGCAGAAAUAGUCUGGCAGUUAUUUGAAAAAUGUCAGUUGUAUACUAUAUUUUACUCGUAACAUAUGGCGUAGUCUUACAAAAGUACUAUCGAUUUACUAUUGAGACCACUGUAGAAUUCUAAUUUGGAAACAGCAAAACUCACAUGCAACAUACUUAGAUUGUAUCAAGACCAAAACGAACCUUUCUGAGAUACCAGCAGGACAUCUUCUCGGUUAUAGGUUCGGAUGCAGAAAUCCUCACCGACAUAAAUGCAUAGCAGGAAAAAUGAUAUCAAUUUAUUAUAAUUAGACUUCGGGUUCGUUUCAGCUGAUCAACUAAAUACUAAUCAAAGUUAAAAUCAGCCUAAAAAGAACUGCGGUUCAAUAGCACGGCAAAGCUGAAUAUUCUGAACCAAUUUCAGCCUAAUGCUGUUUGAACCACUGUGAAGUGUAGAAUGGCGUACACAAGUAUUUUAUAUACACUGACAUUUAGUUUAGGUUCAAUAAACCCAAAAACGGUGCAUUUAAUUAAGCCUCUUAGAAGCCUUGAAGUACUGGCAAUAUGUCUGUAUCAAUGUGUAUAUACAUAUAGACAAACAAAUCGAACAUCGACAGCAAAUAAAUAACGUAGCCCAUGAGUUACAUACAAUAAUUUCGCGUCAAAUCAUAUUUCUUUCGGUAAAAUUAAUCGAAAAAAUAGGACUGCAACAAUUCAGCUGAAAAAUAA